AAGUAAUGUCAGCUUUCUCGUCUUCCUUCUCUUACUUUAUUUCUGACACUGGAAACUUGGAAGGUCAUGCGUUGGCCAGAGAAGACAAACCACAGUCAUGUGUUUCCUGUCAGCCUCAGAGAGACAAAGGCUCCCUUGUCCUUCCACCACCCAGAUCUGUCACAGCCUUUCAACAUGGCACCUUGUGAGUUGGCACUUGUUUUCCUCUUCUCAGCUCUGUACUGCACCACGAUGGCACAGCAAGUGUCAGCCAACGGCCUACAAGGGGGAUCCGUCAAGAUUUCCUGCUACUACUCGGCCCACCAAAGAAACCGGGAGAAGUACUUCUGUCAAGAUCCCUGUACCAGCGAGGAUGACGUCCUGAUCAGAACCACUUCUCGGGAGAACCUGGCCUCUUGGGGAAGGUUCUCCAUCUUUGACUACUCCUCCUACAGAGUCCUAUUUGUGACCAUCACUGACCUGCAGUUGAGCGAUUCAGGCAAAUACUAUUGCGGGAUAAGCGUGAUUUGGAGUACAGACUUCUUCAUCGAGGUGCAGCUAACUGUCAACAAAGUUCCCACCAUCACAGUCAGCCAAUUACUUCUUGAAGAGACGAGCACCAGAGUGACAUCAGCCCCGGCAGAGCCGACAAGCACGGAGGCAGGGAGUACAGUGCAAGAAAACGGGAGAGCAACAGAGGAAGACCGGAGUGUGACGACAUGGCAGUCAGAGGCCGAGGGUGUGGCGUUCACCACUGCAGUCAUCAGGACGGCCGUUGGACUGUUCUGCAUAUUUUUUCUUGCUCUCACUGUGCUUGUGUCUGAAAUAAUUGCAAGGUCCAGAAGACUUCACAUUUUGACAUCCUACGUGUCAUACUUUACAUUUACUGACAUUCAGUUUCAGCCCCUGUAG